CGUGCACCACAGGAUAAGUAUCGUCUUAUUGACAUUAAAGACAGUAUUCUUGAAUAGACCGUAACAGUAUACAUGGGAACCACAAUGACAGAUUCCUUAACGAUGGCACAAGCUAAUGCUUUAAUUUUCAGUUUCACAAUUCUGUGUGCUAUUAACGUCAAAGGUACACUAGGGCAAACUGUGAUGUUUUAUGAGAACAUUGCUGAAGACACAAAUGAAUGCACUGAAACUCAUCAACCAGGUUCAAACAGUAUCGUACUGAGGGGUCAAGCGCACUUACCUACACAAUCGAACUGGACCAGCUACAUCGUCUUUGACCAGAAAUCCGAUACUUCAAACGAUUUCAAACUGCUGUGUCUUGUGGAUACAAGAUCUCAAUGUGCAAGCAAUUCAGUCUCCGACAUUUGCUACUGUCAACCAACUCAAGCAGCAGACACGUAUCAAUUUGUUGUUAAUAUCAGCCCCGUGACAACUGAAAUGAGUGGGCUUGUCAGGGCUUAUCUAAUGAUGAAAAACUCGACCUCGGUCUUUACCAAAACUUCCUUGUCUUCUUGGCGAGAAAGUCAUACUGUCCAAACAAGUUUGACCAUCAAUGACGAGCCAGUAGGGGAACAUUGUAUGAAAACAAUACACGGCAAAAAUCUCAAAAUUGAGGCAAGGUGUACAGGCAUGAGGGGCCCUUGCUGGUUGGAGCUGACAAUGGAUCACGUAUAGUUGGCAACGGACAUAUCUUCUUUGAAGACAGUGUUGAAUCUGACUCUAAUAUCACUGUGGUACUCAGGCGUUCACGGUGCAACAAAAAUAAUUUUCAAGAAAUGUAUACAUGUCAAAUAACCACUGUGACGUCACUCGAGGUUUUGGAAGCAUCCAAUGACACUGUAAUAAUUAUAGGAGUUGUGGUGGGAGUUCUAGUUGUGGCGAUUGUCGUCAUCGCAGUUGUCGUUUAUAGAUGGAAAUGUGCACAUAGAGAGACACCCAAUCGUGUAAUCGACCUUGAGUCGUCAUUGGAAAAUGAAAGAAAUAUAGGUGUAAAAGUUAUCCAUGGCGGCCCAGACACAUUGAAAAGAGAAAAACAGAACUUAAAUCCAAAUAGAAGCUUACCCGAUUUGGAGGAGGAUCUUGUCAGACCGGACAAUAGAAUUGACGACAUGACUAGGCUACUAAACCUUGAUGAAGGAAGUACACAAGACCAUUGUUCAGCUGACACUGAACUGCAGACUCUCAUAGAAACAUCUACACAUUCUGAAUUUCAGAUUGAUGCAAAGACUUCGUUAGAGACUUCUGAUAGUGAAGAAACACAAGACACAUUUACCAAUCAACUUGGAAAACUAACACCGGCAAGAUCAUGUAUAGAAUUGACAUACAAGGAUCACCCAAAAGAAGUUAUGGACAACUUUGAUCGAGUAAUGGCUGAGUAUGAGACAAAGGCGGCCAUGAAUUCCAGUAAAGUAUAAGCAAGGACAGAAGAAAAACAGCUACUAAUUGAAAUAGUGCUCAUGAAAAAAAGUAUAUGGAUUAGUAUCGUAUUGCAUUAAACAAAUUGUUUAUCUUCUGUAUUUUAUUAAAAGAUUAAGUUAUGAUUGUUACAAAAGAUAAGCUUGUAACAGUACAUUAGUAAGAGAUUUUUUUCUUAAGUUAUUUUUUUAGGAAAAAAAAGGGGGGAGGGGAGAGAAUUUGAGUGACAACACUUUUUAAAAGUUCAAUGAUAUGCAAAUAGGUAUAAAGAAUGUUAGUACUUUGUUAUUUCUUUUAUUGUCAGCAUUAUCUCGAAAUAUAAAUAUCGACCGUAGCGUCAAGAAGUUUUUUUUCUGAUUGAGUCCGUAAAUAUACAAUAUAUCUGUUUGUAGUGUGUGUCAGUAUAUUUACACACUUUUUGAUAGAUCUGAUUAUACAUUCGUGAGAAUCAAAAUCCAUGUGAGCUGAAAAGCAUCAGAUGUGUCACUUUAUAUUAGAAACUUAACUAAAACUCGACACUGAAGAGUGUGUUACAAUGUGCUUUCAAGGGUCCCCACUUGUUCGUAAUUGGACCUCAUUCACCAAUCGUAAACAAACAACAUUGAGCCACAUGCUUCUCCAUCUCUUCUAUACAUCUUACGACCUAAUUCGAAUCAACAUCGGAAAUCACGUGACCGUAUUUGUCUUUUUUAAAAAACUCAAUGGUUAUCACGUGACCGUUCGUAAUUUGGUGAAUGAGGUCCAAUGAUAUUAAGUGCUCUAAUCCCUGAUCUUCACGCUGAAGAAAAUGCCUUAUUAUGUUUUGUUCAGUAUAGCUAGCAAAGAGAGGAAUAGCACUGAGGUCACGUGGGUGGUUGACAUUGGUUGUGAUGACGUCAUGGCCUGUUUUUUUUGUUGUUUUGCUUUUGUUUUCCGAUAUGUGACUUUAAUCAUCUUCAUGAUGUAAAAACAAAAUGGCCUUUGCUUCAAACUACGAAACAAAUAUGUUGUCGUUGUGGGGGUAUUUAUUAUUAUAUAUGUCUUUCUACUGUGUUUUUAGCAUAUUGUUUCAUGCUUCAAUUAUAACUGCCAAGAACAUUAAUUUCUUUACAAAUAUUGGAUAUUUUCAUAUUUGGUCGUAGACUAUAGGCCUAAAUUACUAACUUACUAAUUAAUCAAUUCUACAGUAUUAUGGGAAGUGUAUGCAUUGUCUAGUAUUUCAAAAGCUUGCUAUAAUUUGUAUUUUUACACUUUUUUUGAACGUGUAAAUUCAUAUUUCAUAUCUCUAUUUCUUGUGUCACAAAACAAUUUUAUUGAUUAAUAGGCAACAUGGAUUUUUAAUAUGCAAUGCUUGACAUUGUUUAUUUUGUCUAGUUAUUAUUACGAUUCCAUGCAAUCUUCUUUUCAUUUUCUUAUGUAUUUUUUAAGGUUUCCUUAUAUCACCUCCACAUUUCCCCAUACCGUAUUCUAUGUGUUAUGGCGGUGCUUUUCUCUAUGAAGCACACUGUGGAUCUUACAAGCGGAGAUGUCAGCAUAGCAGAGAUUACAUUGUUUAAAAAUUGGUCCUGAAAAUAUGCAUAUUAUUUUACAAACGUUAUUAGUAUUAUAAUGCCAAACUAACAAAGACAAUGCAUUUCAUCUAUAUCAAUGUAGAUACAUACGUAAUAAAAUACAAAUAUUUGUA